AUGGCGAGUGGCAGCAGCGGGGGGGUUUCGGUGCCUGCGCUCUGGAGUGAAGUGAACCGUUAUGGCCAAAACGGCGACUUCACGCGCGCUCUCAAGACAGUCAACAAAAUACUACAGAUCAACAAGGAUGAUGUAAUGGCCCUGCACUGUAAAGUGGUAUGCCUUAUCCAGAAUGGAAGUUUCAAGGAAGCCUUGAAUGUCAUCAAUACUCACACCAAAGUGUUAGCCAAUAACUCUCUUUCCUUUGAGAAGGCAUAUUGCGAGUACAGGCUGAACAGAAUUGAGAAUGCCUUGAAGACAAUAGAAAGUGCCAACCAGCAGACAGACAAACUAAAAGAGCUUUAUGGACAAGUGUUAUAUCGGUUGGAACGCUAUGAUGAAUGCUUGGCUGUGUACAGAGAUCUCGUCCGAAACUCCCAAGAUGAUUAUGAUGAGGAGAGGAAAACAAACCUUUCAGCAGUUGUUGCAGCUCAAAGCAAUUGGGAAAAGGUGGUUCCAGAGAACUUGGGCCUCCAGGAAGGCACACACGAACUGUGCUAUAAUGCUGCAUGUGCACUGAUAGGACAAGGCCAGCUGAACCAGGCAAUGAAAAUCCUACAAAAGGCUGAAGAUCUUUGCCGCCAUUCAUUAUCAGAAGAUACUGAUGGAACUGAAGAAGACCCACAGGCAGAACUCGCCAUCAUUCAUGGUCAGAUGGCCUAUAUUCUGCAACUUCAGGGUCAUACAGAGGAAGCUUUGCAACUUUACAAUCAGAUAAUAAAACUUAAGCCAACAGAUGUGGGAUUGCUAGCUGUAAUUGCAAAUAACAUCAUUACCAUUAAUAAGGACCAAAAUGUCUUUGACUCCAAGAAGAAGGUGAAAUUAACGAAUGCAGAGGGAGUAGAGUUUAAGCUUUCCAAGAAACAACUGCAAGCUAUAGAAUUUAAUAAAGCUUUACUUGCUAUGUACACAAACCAGGCAGAACAAUGCCGCAAAAUAUCCACCAGUCUACAGUCCCAAAGUCCUGAGCAUCUCCUGCCUGUGUUAAUCCAAGCUGCCCAGCUCUGCCGUGAAAAGCAACAUAUAAAAGCAAUAGAGCUGCUUCAGGAAUUUUCAGAUCAGCAUCCAGAAAAUGCAGCUGAAAUUAAGCUGACUAUGGCACAGCUGAAAAUUUCCCAAGGUAAUAUUUCCAAAGCAUGUUUAAUAUUGAGAAGCAUAGAGGAGUUAAAGCAUAAACCAGGCAUGGUAUCUGCAUUAGUGACCAUGUACAGCCAUGAGGAGGAUAUUGAUAGUGCCAUUGAGGUCUUCACACAAGCUAUCCAGUGGUAUCAAAACCAUCAGCCCAAAUCUCCAGCUCAUUUGUCCUUGAUAAGAGAAGCUGCAAACUUCAAACUCAAAUAUGGACGGAAGAAGGAGGCAAUUAGUGACCUAGAACAGCUAUGGAAACAAAAUCCAAAAGAUAUUCACACCCUGGCACAGCUUAUUUCUGCUUACUCACUUGUAGAUCCUGAGAAAGCCAAAAUUCUUAGUAAACACUUACCCUCGUCGGACAGUAUGUCACUAAAAGUAGAUGUUGAGGCUCUUGAAAAUUCUCCUGGUGCUACGUACAUUCGGAAGAAGGGUGGAAAAGUUGCUGGAGAUAAUCAACCAAAGGAGCAAGGACAGGGAGAUUUGAAAAAGAAGAAGAAGAAAAAGAAGGGUAAACUGCCUAAGAAUUAUGACCCAAAAGUUACCCCAGAUCCAGAAAGAUGGUUACCAAUGAGAGAACGUUCUUACUACCGAGGAAGAAAGAAGGGUAAAAAGAAGGAUCAGAUUGGAAAAGGGACCCAGGGAGCAACUGCAGGAGCUUCAUCUGAACUGGAUGCCAGUAAAACUGUGAGCAGUCCACCCACCUCCCCAAGACCUGGCAGUGCAGCAACAGUAUCUGCCUCUACAAGUAAUAUUGUACCCCCAAGACACCAGAAACCUGCAGGGGCUCCAGCAACAAAAAAGAAACAGCAGCAGAAAAAGAAGAAAGGGGGAAAAAGUGGGUGGUGAUUAGAACA